CUGGAGUGGUCAGGUUCAUGAUGUUUGAGAGGUUGAGCAUGCUGAAAAUCCAGAGCACCUCAAACUGGAGUGGAGCAAAUGACUGGUACCAUCAGCAGAACACAGUUCCCACCCAGCACAGCACUGAUUGCUGCCUGGUGGAGACGGAUAGGAGGAUGGCAGAAGAAGGAGGACAUGGGGAAAGAGAUGAGGGAGAAGAAUCUCAACUGAGACUGCGGUUAAAGAAGAAACUUCAGCGCAACAGAACCAGCUUCACAACAGAGCAGAUCGAGGCCUUGGAGAAAGAGUUUGAGAGAACACAUUAUCCAGAUGUUUUCGCACGGGAGCGACUCGCAAACAAAAUUGACCUUCCGGAGGCAAGGAUACAAGUGUGGUUUUCCAAUCGAAGAGCCAAAUGGAGGCGUGAGGAGAAGCUGCGAAACCAGAGGCGGUCUGGGGACGGGACUUCCUGUUCACAAACACACGCUCCACUGAGCACAUCCUUUAACUCAGCUGUCUAUCAUCAUCCGCAUGGCAACAGUGCAGCAUCCAUGCUCAGUCAGAGUGACACAGCUCUCCCCAGUUAUAACUCUCUGUCAGUCUACUCUGGGGUUCAGUCGGCACCUUCUCCAUCCGCCUCCUCAUACUCGUGCAUGCUGCCUCCAUCCCCGUCUGCGCCACGCUCGUUUGAGACGUUGUACUCCUCUCCCCAUCUACCACCUCCUCCUUCAACUAACACCAGCACAGGUUUGAUUCCUCCAUGCAUUUCUGUACCUGUCCAGGUGCCAGGAAAUGAUCAGAAUAUGGAACUACUGACAUCAGUUCCUGGCAGCAACUUCACAGAAUUGGGAGCAUGUUAUGAUGAUUUAAUAACAUAACUCUGGUUUCUGCUUCUUUUACGAUAAUUCCCCAUCUCUCCACUGUAAUUUCCCCAUUAAAGUCAUUUAUUUGUUGUGAUCAUUUUCAUAAUCAAAUAUGUGAUAUAUCACUUUUUAGGAAAUGUUUAUGAUCUUACCUUUUCACAAACCUCAAUAAGCUUGAGACAAUCAUGUUUGCACUUAAUCAUUGACCAGUAAACAACUGACUGAUUUAAAAAGCAGAAAGCAGUCAGUGACAAUCACAUAAUUUCUCUGAAAGCAUCAAUGAAUACUGUAUGCAAAAUGUAUUCCCAAAAAAUCUUCAGAAUGCAUCUCAUUGGCAAUCCAAAGUAUUUAUAUUGAACAUAUUGUGGAAAUAUGUUUGAAUAUCAAGAAACUAUGUCUGUAAACUAUAGUUUAUGGAUUGAGUAUGAAUGCAAAGACAGUGUGUGUGUGUGUGCGUGUUUUUGUGACAAAUGAGGACAUCAAUU